AAACACUGGGUUAAUUGCUUCAAAAACUUUAUUGUACUCAGAUGGUGUCACUUAUGCUCUUAUAUCUUCGUAUAAGUAGUCUGCCUUAUAAAGUUUUUGCUUUUUUGAAUGGUGCUUUGGUUUGUCACAGUUCACUUCUUGCAUGCGCUCUUAAAGUCCGUCAUAGGGAAACGCAUCAACCAUGUUUGGAGUGCUAAUGUUUGUUAUUGCAGGUAUGUCAGCCAGUUUGGCUCAAAACUCCAGUACUGGAACAAGGAACUCUUCCCUUUUUGCAAAGGCAUCACCACAAAUAUUAUUUGCCCAAUGCCCAGACUCCUACACAGACUUCUGUUACCAUGGCACAUGCAGAUUCCUGGUGUCAGAAUGGGAGGCUUCAUGCAUAUGUUCCAAAGGUUAUAUUGGCAGUCGAUGCCAGUAUGUGGACUUAUUGCAGGUUAUGGCUGGUGAACCUCGAUCCUUUAUAACUGUGGUGCUGACGGGCGCCUUUUUCCUUGUAGUGACUUUUAUAGGUAGCACAUGCCUCGUUAUAUAUUUUUGCAGGAUAAAGAGAGAACGGAGCAGGCUAAAUCUUCUGAACAAUAUUGAUGCCAAUGGUUAAAAGGUGUUUUGUUUUGCCUACCAGAUGUUUAGAAAUGAAGAACCUAAAGAUUCUCCUGGAGCACACAAAAUAAGAAACAGAAGGAAGCUCAAACAAUGAAAAGUUUUCUUUUUUAUUUAAAUAUGUUUGACUUUUAAAGGUUUUUCUUUUAAAGUAAGCGGAAUGCAAGGAUAUUAAUCUGGAAACUAGUAAUGUUAAAAUAUGGAGAGAAAAAUCUGCUCUUUAAAAACAGGACACUGAAGACUGCAAGCUGCUUAAAUUGCAUUGUACUGCUACAUGUUAACAACAAAUUCUCAUUAAAUGUCAAUAAGAUUGUCAUGUGAUUUGUUAAUAUAUUUAACUGCUUUUAAUUUAUUAAAUAAAAAUUUUACCUGUG